CAGUAGCAGCAGCAUUACUUUUAAUAUAUAUAUAUUUUGAAACAGAUUCAUGAGAUACGAGCUCCAAAUCUGAGAUUUCUUCUUCUAAAAUCUGUAGCCUUAACUGUGUUUCUCUUCUUUUUCUUUAUUUUUGUUAUUUUUUCAGAUCCUUUUGGCGUUCUGCGUUUGUUUGUGAUACUUAGUUGAUCAUUAACAAGCAAGCUUCAACCUCAUUUUUGCGUCCUUGCAUGCCGUGCGUUUUUGUUGAUUUCUCUCUUCUCUUCUCUUUCUUUUUUUUCUUUUUCUUUGAAUUUUUGGAGAUGAAACGGCUUUGUUCUCUGAUACUAAUCAACCUUUUUUUUUCUUCUUUUUUUUCUUUAACUUGUUUUCUGCUGCCAAUUAUUUGUAUAUUCUAAGCUGCAUACGCAUCAGCGUUGUUUUGUGAUUUCUCGUCAUAAUUAUCACUUUCUGUUUCUGAAAAUGUACUUGAUUCUCGAUUUUUCGUUUGAGAAUCAUAGCUGUUUUUGUAUUUUUUUUUUUUUAAAAAAAAAUGUAUCUGUAGCUGUUUGUUUCAUGCACUUGUUAAUUGAUGAUUGAUAUCUUCUUUUAUUUAUAGUGACAAUGGAUACUGCUAAGCUUGAAGAUUAUCACGCUGUCAACGACUUAUUGCCUGAAUUCGACGAUUCUGGAGCUCUUCAUCGUCGACCGACGUCAGAUCGUCCUGAUGCAAAACUGUUUAGCAUUUUGAGUAAUGAAGCUGUGUACUCAUCGGAGAUUAAGAAGAGUUUCAUGAGGAAAGUAAUCGUUUUCAUCAGCUCCUGCAGUUUACCUGAGAAUGAGAAUGUUGACUCUCGUCUCUUCAGAAUCACUCUCAUGUACGCAGCAGAUGAUCAUAAGUAUGUUUCUGUGGAGUUUGUGUUUGAAGAAAGCUCAAGUUCUGUCAGCAAUAUGCAGCAGCAAGAGAAUCUCAAAUGCUCUGUAACAACUACUGUAUCUGAUCAUGAUCUCUGUGACUGCUCAUUUCAGACUUACAAUAUUCCAGGAUCAGGCGAAAGAUUGCAGGAGAAAUGGGAUGCUAAUUUGCCUCACAUUAAUCGUGAUGACACAAAACUACUCGCUCUGAAAUAUUUGAAGGAAAUAUAUGUUGUGGCCGUAUCUCAGACUACGAAUGAACAACAAAGGGAAGACUUGAGUCUUACUGAUCAGCAAAUAUAUGAGCUGCUCACUCACUUUGCUCCCAAACAAGCUGUAUUGCCAAAUGGGACUGCUACGGGACGGCCAACUUCACCGGGCGCACAUCAUAAUGGAGGUGGAAAUGAUGGAGCAGGUGGGGGUUAUCAUGAGAAUGGGGCCGUUGGUGGUGGUGCCGAUAAUGGUGAUGGUGGUCCUGGUGUUGGUGAUAGUUAUGAUGCAGGUGGAGAUGGAGAUGGCGGCGGGGAUGGUGGAGGUGGAGGUGGAGGUGGAGGAGGAGCUGCCAAUUUCGUAUUUCUUAUUCCGAUAUGCUUAAGGACCCCUGAUGGCCUGUUGGUGUUGUUGAACCACGUUCCAAUGUUUCAACUUCAAUUUAUGACUCGAGAUCUGUUCCUCAACAUCCUCCACGCUUAUUGGUGUCUCCAUACAAAUGAACAGAGACGUCAGGAUAUUACUCGGGAGACUGUGUGGCCAGGUUACAGGGUUAGCUUCCUUAGCGAUUGGCCGGAUGUGCAUGGACCUGAACCUGUUGAAGAACACGAUCUGGAAUUGGAUUUCGAUGGUGAUUGGUCUUACUUUAACCACUUUCUUGCGGUGAUUAUCGUUGAAGCGGAGGCUGACUGAUAUGAGAAGCGGCAAUUACAGGAACACUUGUCUAGCUCAGUACGGUACAGUACAGUUCUUUCCUUUCCUUCCCUUUCCUUUCUUUUGGACAUCAAUUCUUUUAGUUGGGUAUUAUUUCAGAACUUCUACAUACAAAAAGUAGUGCUGAUUGGUGAUUGAUUGAUGCUUAUAAGGAGUCAGUAUUUCUUUAAUUCUCGUUAUAAGUACUGCAGGAGGACACUUAUGUUUGGCAGAACUAUAAGAAAUAGAAAUCUACACAUGCAGAUUAUUGUCUGAAUAUAUGAGUAUGGGACCCUAUUUUUGUAUACUAUGGAUCUUAAAUGCAUCAAUUUCCUAACAGUUUGUAAACUAAUUGUGUCAUUAUUAUGACUUUAUGAGAAAUUUGAGAGAUCCUUCGCAAUCAAAUAUUGAUUUUUCUCAUUUUGGGGUUUUUGACAAUUAUUUAUAAUUUCAGAGUAAAUUUUUGGUUCAAUUACCACUUUAGAAAAGAAAAAAAUUGGUUCAACAUCUUGAUAUUAUGUGUCUACCUGUCCAUCAGGCGGACAUAAAAUGCCCUGGUAUGCAUUUUUUGUACCAUGCAGGCCGUUGCAUUCUACUUUUUAUUCUCCUUAGUUUUUUCUUUUUUAAUUUCCCUUAUUUAUAUACACGCAUAUUUAUUAAAAGAAAAUAUCCCUUUAGUUUCUUCUGAGAAUAAUUUAUGUAGUCUCGCUAAUAAUUUUAUUAUGGAUAAUUUACUAUUUGGGUUCUGUAUUUUUUUUAUAUUAUAUUAAUUAUUUUUAAUUUUUUUAUUUUAUAAUUUUAUGGUAGAAAAAUUUUCUGUCGGAAUUCUAGUUGUAGAACCGUUAAUCCUGUUUGGUUUUAUGUAAUUUGUGGUCUGAUAUUUAAUAUAAUAUACAGAUUGUCUUUUAUAGUUUAUUAUUAUACUAGAACAUCUUUUGGCUAAUUUUUUUACAAAAAUUAAGUUUAGUGUUUGUAUACUUAUAGUAUAUUAAAUCUUAGUAAAAUCUAAAUAUCUUAAAAAG